UAUGGUUUGGGAUCAUUAUGGCCAAACUGAAAUUUUCAUUCAUACGGCAUGUAUUUAUAAUUUGUUAUCAUAUAUAUAUAGAUAUAUUUGUUAUGUUUUUAUACAAUUAAAUAAGAUUUUCUGUACUGAUAUGUUGCAUUGACUAUGUAUUUGCCUUUCACUUCGUAUUGAUGAUGAAUUCAGGAUAUUCGGUUAAUCGCUCUCAUUUUUCUGAUGUGACUCAGUAAUAAAAUAUCACCCAUAAAAAGUAGACGGUUAAUAUUACAACGGAUCAGGCUAUGUAUAUUGUAUAGAUCAUAUGUCGGCUGUAUCCGUAUGUUAUCGCCAUUAUAGAGGUCACCAAACGAUUGUACAAAAGACAAAUUAUAAAAGCCAGAUUUAAAUAUUGUCCGAGUGACAGUACAGUAAAUAAGACUGCAUCAUACUGGUGUCUGCGAUGCUCUAAGGACAUACAGUAAUGUUAGGGACAUCAUACAGGUAUCUAUCCUGUCUGACUAGGACUGGUCAGUAAUGUUAGGGACAUCAUACAGGUAUCUAUCCUGUCUGACUAGGACUGGUCAGUAAUGUUAGGGACAUCAUACAGGUAUCUGUCUCGUCUUUCUACGAGUCGUCAGUAAUGUUAGGGACAUUAUACAGGUAUCUAACAUGUCUGACUAGGACUGGUCAGUAAUGUUAGGGACAUCAUACAGGUAUCUAUCAUGUCUGCCUAGGACUGGUCAGUCAUGUUAGGGACAUCAUACAGGUAUAUAUCCUGUCUGCCUAGGACUGGUCAGUAAUGUUAGGGCCAUACUAUAUGUAUCUAUCCUGUCUGCCUAGGACUGGUCAGUCAUGUUAGGGACAUCAUACAGGUCUAUCUUGUCUUCUUAGGACUGGCCAGUCAUGUUAGGGACAUCAUACAGGUCUAUCUCGUCUUCAAAUGUGUUCUUUUUUCGUUUUGUGUUUGUAAUUAUCAUAAUGUGAAUUCGUACACAAAGUUUUCAGAUCUACACAAUUCAAGGCAUGCCAAUGUAAAUUGAUGAACGUUUAUUUUAUACCAAGUGAUGCAAACCAAAUUAUGUUGUACUUAAACACAAAAUACUUCUCCAUAGUAGACGUAGUAACAGCAUCAACGUCAUUGUCAUUUUAUACAUUGAAUCUUGCCUUUGUUAAUUUUACGGGGUGAUGUAUUGAGUAGGUCUGGAGACAAAUUUAAUGUACAUGUGAAAUAGCUCAUACUCGAUUUGUCUGAAGACCAACUACAUAUAUAAAACUAUGUGUAUAAAACAUCUGGAAACUUUCCGGUCAGUAGGAAGUGAGCAGAACAAUACAAACCACAGAUUAUCAUUCCUAGAAAUCACUUACAUAUAUUGUUUUCCGCUUGUGGUGUCGUUCCUAAUUGAUACAGGUAAGGUUUUAUUUAGGACCAGGUUCCACAUCUAUAUAUAGUAUUAUGUAAUUUGUGUGAUCGAACUCUUAAUAUAUAUGAUGUACAUGUUGAAUGUUAAUUUAAUGUGCUUGUAUAAGGUGCAUAUAGUAAUUUAAUGUGCAUGUAUAAUGUGCAUAUAGUAAUUUAAUGUGCAUGUAUAAUGUGCAUAUAGUACUUUCGGCCAACGUCUGCCUAGACAUGCCGUUCCUUAUGCUCAUUGUUUGUAUCACAGAGUAUCAAUGCCAAGUGGCUUGCAAUCUCCGGCGUCGAUCAACAUCAAGAAAACUUGGAAUCCACAACAUUUCCUUUGUACUUUAUUGUAAUAUUGGUGUGUAAUAAGGUCAUAAUGUCUUUAUACAUUAAUGAGGAUUUGUUGUAUCAGAGACCUCAUGUCUGCGAUAUUAUCGAAAUCGACAUACUCUAAGGAUUGUACAAACGACACACAAGAUAUUAACACAAUUCAAAACAUAUAGAGAGUUAGAUACUGCGCCAUACAGCUGUUUUGUCCUCAAGGUCUAAAGGCCUCAAGUGUGGACGAUAGGGGACAACCAAAACUAAAUUCGAAAAGAUGAAAAAAAAAAAUAAAUAAAUAAAAAAAGAGAGCCAAAAUCUGGAUGGGAGGUGCAAAUGUCCUGAUAAUUCAAUUCAUUUUAUUAUUUCAAAUAACUUAUUAUUUUCAAUAUUGCAUUUCAGAUGAAUAUUAAUUACAUGCGUAUGUUCUGAACCAUAUCACUAUUCGAUGAAUCAAAACGUGUUAACCAAGUUGCGAUAAAUCUCGGGGACUGAAAAACCAACAACAGUGUCUAACAUCUGCAAUCUCAAAGGAUCGUACAACAGCCAGGCCAGGUAUCAUCGCCUUUAAAACAAGUUGAGAGUAAGAUACAGUAAAGCAAAAUGAAUAUUACUGCACCAUACAGCUGUUUCGUCCUUCUAGGGUAAUUCAUUAUUUAUUUUAAUUACAAAGAGUGUAUCACUCUGGAAUCAUUUCUUGUAGAGGUCGUUCUCAACAAUUGAAAGAGUGUUAUUUAUUAUUUCAUAAAAGUACAAAAAAUUGCAAUAUCUUCGAAAUAGAAAUGCAAUGAAGAUUUGUUGAAACAGUGUUGCUAUCGUUAAGGCCUACAAGGCGUUUAUUUAUGGUCAGAUACAGUACAUAUUUAUCCAAUACAAUGCCCGGACGGAAGUAUCGUACAGCAUGUUUAUAUUUGUACAGGAUACUGAAUGGUCUCCCUUUGAACAUUCUGUAUAUUUCACGAAUAUGAAUAUGAAUAAACAGCGAAUACAGAUAUUCUACCAUACUCAUAAAAUAUACGUGAUAUUCAACGGGAAACAGUUAAUUAUUUCAUUAUCAAAGUAAAAAAACAACAAAACAAAACAAACAAACAAAAACUCAUAAAAAGCGCAGGGAUAAGUAACAUAAUCUUUGACAUGGUAUUUAAGUGACGUUACACUUGACAACCACAAGAAAAGAACACCAUUUUAAAUUGGAUACUAAAUGCUAUAUCGGCGUUUUUGUUGUUCCUUUGUAAGUCUAAUAACGUUUAAAAAUCGAAAUGUAUGUCAAAAUGAUGCAGCGAAACAACCGCCUACUCUACAUCCGCUUUAUUUCUAUCUGAACAUAAAAAAUGCAUGAUUUCAAUGUGUUGAAUUGAAAGCAUCAUUUUGAUUGGUCCAAAACAAAAUUUAUGAUUUCUGACAUUCUUUUUUCACUGGUAAGAUAUAAAUUGAGACCGACUGUUUGCUUUUGCGUAUGCAGAAUUUUAUUCCGAAGACUUAAUGUUUGUUUAUAGGUUAUGGAACUACCUGCUAUUGUUAUUGACAAUGGCUCGGAUACAUGUAAAGCUGGAUUGGCCGGAGAUCUUGGUCCGAUCACGAUUCCCUCUAUUGUUGGAAGACCUAGAUGGAAGGGCACAGAAGGCAUACAGGACGGCGAUACUUUCAUCGGUAAUCAGGCCAAUAAAAGGAGAGGUGAGCUUGUUAUUAAGUAUCCAAUCCAACAUGGUGUCAUCACAAACUGGGACGACAUGGAGAAGAUCUGGCAUCAUACCUUCUACAACGAGCUCCGUGUGGCUCCAGAGAAACACCCCGUCCUCCUGACAGAGGCUCCUCUCAACCACAAGACCAACAGGGAGAAAAUGACAAAAAUCAUGUUCGAAACUUUCAACUGUCCCGCCAUGUACUUGGCCAAUCAGUCAGUCUUGUCACUGUACGCGUGUGGUCUUACUACAGGUGUUGUGAUAGACGCUGGAGCUGGUAUGACCGAUGUGGUUUCAGUAUAUGAAGAGUGUGCUCUUCCAUAUACCAUUCCCAGAGUAGAUUUUUCUGGACGUGAUCUAACAUACCACCUCAUGAAAAUCCUAACAGAGCGUGGUUACUCAUUCACUACCGAAGCCGAGCGAGAAAUUGCAAGAGAUAUCAAAGAGAAAUUUUGUUAUGUUGCUUUGGAUUUUGAAGAAGAAAUGUCAUCUGCGUCAACACCUCAAGAAAGCUACACCCUUCCUGAUGGAGAAAUAAUCAGAAUCGACCAUGAGAGAUUCCGAUGUCCAGAAUGUCUAUUCAAUCCGUCUCUGAUGGGACGGGAAUGUAAUGGUAUUCAUGAGGCGCUUUACUACAGUAUCAUGAAAUGUAAUAAGGAUCUGACAGCUGACAUGUUUGGUAAUGUUGUACUUUCAGGGGGUACCUCUCUUCUGCCUGGUUUUGACUCUCGUUUACAGAAGGAGUUAAAUAUUUUAGCUCCGAACGGUAUGACUUGUCGAGUAACUGGCCCACCAGACAAACUAACCAGUGCUUGGUUAGGGGGUUCUCUGGUGACGUCACUGCCAACCUUCCCUAUUAAGUGCAUCAGUAAGGAAGAAUACGACGAGUUUGGACCAAGUCUUGUCCAUAAAAAGUGCUUCUAAGAACUAUCAGUUGUAGUGUUGAUAUUUCAGUUUAGCACAGAAAAUGACCAAUAUCUAGCUGGUGCUGAGUCACCCAUAAUCAUAACAACACUGGAAGUUAUCAUUAUAAGAUGGCUUAUUUACCAACGCCUUAUACUGACGAAAAACCAAGGAAAGUAUCAGUAAUUGUGAAUUAUUAUUGUGACAAAUAUAUGUAUGAUAAAGAAGGCUAACACGGCAAUGAGGGAAAUAUCAGGAAAAUUGAUAUAAGUGGAAGAUAAAAGCAAACACCAGUAAAUCACGCGUGUAUCAUUGCAGUCUUUCGAUGAAAUGAUUAAUCAUUUCGAAUGAAAAUAAAGAUGAACGAACGAUUCACCAAUAAUGUGUUAAAAAGGGACAAUGACGUCUGUAGAAUAAGCAAAUCAAUCAUUACAAGAUAUGCAUGGUAAUUUUAUAAAAAUGUUUUAUGAACAAAAUAUAGAAUAAGAUAAAGAUAAAAAGUUCAUUAAAAAUGUUAUAGUGCUGGCAAUUAACUGUUUUCCCCUUACAUACAAUUUCAGUAUAAAUAUAUUAUUAGAACUGGAAUUUGGAAAAACAAGAGUCUAUGGAACCAUUCCUCCUGAUAGAAGAAUACAUAGAUCAUGUAAAAUAUAGAUAGAUAUUAAAAGAUAAUAUACAAAUGUAAUAUUAGUACCGUAUGUUUAUGGAGACAGACGACUAUACAAUAUAUAUAUAAUAUAUCUAAUAAGAUUUAUCUGUAACUAAAGUAACAUAUCGGUUUCGUGUAAGUGUUUAGGAAAAUGAUGAGAUGUGAGUAUGAUAGAUAAUUUUAACAUUUCUUUGUGUAUAUCUUUCAUUUUUCUUAUGUUGUUUACACUGGACAGCUCCGUUUUAUGAUCAUUCCACAAGUAAUAAUUAAACAUUUUAAUCCUGAUCAGAUGAUAUAUUUGUGUCUAAAAUCCCUGCAUCUCAUAUCCUUGGAGUGUUUUGUCUUAAAAUCCCUACAACUCAUAUCUUUUGAGUGGUUUGUCUAAAACCCCUGGAUCUCAUAUCCUUGUAGUGUUUUGUCUAAAACCCCUGGAUCUCAUAUCCUUGGAGUAUUAAGUGUUUAGAGAGUUGAUGAGAAAUGAAUACGUCAGAUUUUAGCCUUCCUUCGUGUAUAACUUUUGUCUGAUGGUAUUACUUUUCCGAUGACCUGUUUUGAUCGCAUUGUUUUGGCCGCCAUGUAGCCGAAGGAUUUCAUAGGAAGCCCUUCGAGAUGUGUAUCCUGACAAAUCGCAUUAGGCUUUCAGUUGGUCGGUGGAUAAUUGAUUUAUCUGUAGUCCAUUAGUGACCAUGUAAUUAACGUUUGCUGUCGUAUGUUUCCUAAUAUACAGAAUUAUUCAAUUGUUUGCUUUGUGUAUCUUACCUUGAACACGCCUUCGAUCGGUCAGUGUAAGUUGAGAUUAUAGUGGCGUUUAAACUCAAAACGACUGUUGUGUAUCCAAUUCUUUGUUAAAAAUCAAUGCAUUUAUUAUGUUUUAUAUAAAAAAAUUCAGUUCA